AUGUCCAUCGGUUCCGUUUAUGAAACGGCAUACAAGGGAGACUUUAAUCAAGUGAAAGUAAAAAUUGAUGAGAAUAAAAGAUUGAUUGAAACACCGGAUUCCAAUAACCGCCUUCUAAUUCAUUGGGCUUCUCUUGGAGGUAAUGAAAAUUUAGUAGAUUAUUUAAUAGAUACAGGUUCUCCUGUGGAUCCGGUGGAUGAUACAAAUUAUACACCUUUAGUACUCGCUGCGUCAGCUGGAAGGUUUGAGGUUGUAAGACUUCUUGUUGGUAAAGGAGCAAAUGUUAACCAUAAAACAGACCGGCAUCAGACUGCUUUACAUUAUGCUUCAUCUAAAGGACAUGAAGAGAUUGUUAAAUUCCUGAUAGAUGCAGAUAGCAAUGUCAAUACUCCUGAUGUGUUAGGUGCAACUCCACUUCACAGGGCUGCAGCUCAGGGUAGAACAGAAAUUGUUGAAAUUUUAUUGAGUUCACCACAAAUUAAUGUUAAUGUCCAGGAUUCAACUGGAUGUUCACCCCUUCAUUUGGCUUGUGAAGAGGACCGCCAACCAACAGCUGUUUUAUUAAAAAAUGCUGGAGCUCAAACUGAUCUAAAAAAUAAGGAUAAAAAGACACCAUUAGAUUUGUGUUCACUAAAACUUAAACAUUUACUUGAAUAA